AUGUUAAAAGUUAUUGGAAAAUGCUUGAUCUGCAUUAGUUUAUUAAAUCUUAAUGCACUUGCAAAGCCAACGCUUACAGAACCAGAAGUUCUGACAGACAUUAUAGAUGAUGUUACAUUCUAUAAAUUAGGAACUUACAGAGGAUUCACAAAUGAUGGAGCUGAAUACCAAAAAACUUACUUUUUUCCAAGAUAUUCUGAAGCAUAUUGGGCUGAUUCUAAAGCGAUUUGUAAAGUCUAUGAUUUCGAACUAGCAACAUUGGAGAGUCUUCAAGAAGCUAAUGCAUUAUUAACAAUGGUUGAAAAUCACGACAGUAUUAAACCUCUAGCUGUUAUUUGGCUUUGGAUUGACGGUAUCUCAAUGCUGCCAAAAACAACAACAAGUUGGUAUUGGGGUAAAACAGGAAGAAAAAUUUCAUUCCCUAUUCCGUGGUUAGCUGGUUUUCCAAGCAAUACCGAUCAACUAUGUUUAUCAGUCGGUAAAUCAUCACAAAACCAGAAAUUCGGAUUUACUAAUGGCUAUUGUUCUGGCAAAGGUUAUUUACGGUUUAUUUGUCAACGAACAGAAUUUUACAUCCCAUAA